AUGAGGGAUGAAUUAAGCAAAGAAAUUCACGAUGGAAACGGCAACGAGUCGCAGGAAAAGAAUGAUACUGAAGUGGAUCUGUUUUACGCAUUCUCAUAUUGCAGCUGUGGUAAAAGUGGAAAAAGAAUUUCGAAACUCAAUAAUUGUGGAAUGAUUGUCGCACCAAGCACGUUUUUCCAUAACGUCGAUCCAUCAAAGAUUUCACUGCCCCUUUGUGUUAAGGUAUCAUCAAUAAGAUCUGGUGUGUUCACCCACUGUGGGAUACUAGACUACUCAGCGCCAGACGGAAUAGUCUACAUACCUGAAUGGGUGAUGAGGCACUUAUCAAUCAAGGAUGGUCACUUGAUUCGUCUAGAGCCGGCAGUUCUCGCUGCAGCCACCAGCGCUCUGCUUGUCUCAGUUCCACCGUUGAAACAGCAAGUUAGAACAGAUAGGUGUUUGGCCGAAUGGAUUGCUGUCAACUUGACCCUUCCAGGCCUUGAGGAAGGCGAAAUCCGCCGAAACGUCGAUCGUCACAGUUUUAACAUCUUAGUAAGGGAUGUAAAGCCAGAUGGCGCAGCGUGUAUCUUAGUUCCGGACGUGGUGAAAAUUCUGUCGGACACCGUCGAAGAAGCACUGACACCUAACUCUGAGGUUCCCUUGCAAUCCCACUGUGAUCAACCUUGCUCACUGAAUUCUGCAGCGGCUCCAGGAUUGCUAUUAAAUACUCAGCGCAAUCUCCGUGGAUAUCAUAUUCAUCCAGUAGAAGAAAUCUACCGUGAUAAUUUCAAAGAAGAAACCGAACAUACUUCAGACAACAAUAACGUACUGUCGCAGAUAGUUAGUAAGAAUUGGCCGGAAUGGAAUCCAGCAACACUGGGCGAGUCGCCCUUCAGGUCAGAAAGUCUUGGAGAGUCGUUGUUUAUGUCUAUUUAUUAUUAA